ACCCCACUUCAAGUCUUGAAAAGUAGUCCAGCCUUGAUGUAUGUUCUCAUUUAAUUUACACCAAGAUCGCAACUUCUAUUUCCACCCUACCCCCAAUACUUCUACUCCAUCUACUACUAACAUACAGUACUCAACCCUCGAAACAAACACAGAAAUAGAAAGAAAAUAAAGAAACCUCAGCUCAAACGAAGAUUGAAGAAAACAAGUAGCUAUCCUAGUACGUGUCUGCAGUGGUCGAUUAUGGGAAGGUCUCCUUGCUGUGAGAAAGCUCACACCAACAAGGGCGCUUGGACUAAAGAAGAAGACGAACGCCUUAUAGCUUACAUCAGAGCCCACGGCGAAGGUUGCUGGCGCUCCCUCCCCAAAGCCGCCGGACUCCUCCGCUGCGGCAAGAGCUGCCGUCUCCGGUGGAUCAACUACUUGCGCCCUGACCUCAAGCGCGGAAACUUCACCGAGGAAGAAGAUGAGCUUAUUAUCAAACUUCACAGCCUCCUAGGCAACAAGUGGUCUCUUAUAGCCGGAAGAUUACCGGGAAGAACAGAUAAUGAGAUAAAGAAUUACUGGAAUACCCACAUAAGAAGGAAACUGCUGAGCCGGGGAAUUGAUCCGACAACUCACCGCCCCGUCGACGAUCCCAAGGAAAAAGUGACAACCAUUUCUUUUGGUCCCGCGAAAGAAGACGACGUUAACGUUGUCGACGAGAAGAAGAUGAUGAUGAUCCGUCAAGAUUCUCUUCCAACGACAACGACAACGACAGUAAAACAAGAAUCCACAAGCCCGGUACGUGAUGAUGAUGAACGCUGCCCGGACUUAAACCUGGAGCUCAAAAUCAGCCCCCCUUACCAUCCAAACCAACAACAACCGCCAUUAGCGUUGACUCCGGGGAGCCUAGUCAACGUUAACAACACCGCCGUAUGUUUUGCAUGCAGUUUGGGAAUACAGAACAGUAAAGACUGUAGCUGCAGCACCAACGCAAACGCCAUAACCAGCAUCGCAGGCUACGAUUUUCUAGGGUUAAGAAAGAACACCCUUUUGGAUUACAGAAACUUGGAGACGAUGAUGAACUGAUCCAUAAUAUACUACAUACCUUUUUUCUUUUCUUUUUUCUUUUAAUUUUGAGGUCCUUUCUGAUUUUAUUAUAUUGUCAAUUAAGAUAUAAGAUACAAGAAAUGGCAAGAGAGAAGUGAGAAAGAUCAGAGAGCUGUACGUAUUAAUCUACAAUCUUUCCGAUGAUUCUCGAUCUCCAUCUGUAAAAUGACCAGACUUUUAAUGAAUAGCAGUAAUUUUUAAUUUAAUUACAA